AUGAAGUUGUUGUUCUUGAAUAACAAUAUCACCCCUACAACGAGUAACUCACUAUCGUACUGUGUAACAGAGAAUAAAUCAUGUAUUGGGUGGGUCGACAAGUAUUUCAAAGAUUGUUUGUGUAAUCUUAGAGACGAAUUAUCUUUCGGAUUUGGAAUCGCAAGUCUUGUUUGUUGGGGUGUCGCUGAAAUCCCUCAAAUCAUCACCAACUUUCGUACUAAAUCCAGCCAUGGCGUCUCACUUCUCUUCCUCCUCACUUGGAUUGCCGGGGAUAUCUUUAAUCUCGUGGGUUGUCUUCUCGAACCUGCAACGUUGCCGACUCAAUACUACACAGCUGCGCUUUACACAAUCAGCACAAUCAUCUUAGUUUUACAAAGCUUAUACUACGAUCACAUCUACACAUGGCUCAAAUCCAGAAAAGCCGAUGCUCAUGCUACAUCUAACACAGAGGAUGAAGAAGCGAAGAAACUUCUCAGACCUUCAACAGCUUCAGAACCCCAUGAAUUAACCUCUCGAAGCCGCGCAAUAAGAACAACAUCGUCUUCUCCACGUCAAGACUUUUUCUUCACGUCUGCAAGAUCAAUGGCGGGAAGCGCAACACCACCCAAUCGAUCUUAUCUAUGGACAACAAGAAGUGGUCCAGCUUCUGCCAUGGCUGCCGAUGACGACUCUUCUUCAGAAGAUGAGUCAUCUGUUCAAAUACCGAAGCCUACUACACAACCCAAACCCAUUCCACGUUCUGCGGGGUAUGGAGCGUUCUUGGCUACUUCAUUAAAUUUGCCUUCACAUACCAAGGGUUUGAUGCAAGUUUAUGUUGGAAGAAAGUUGUUACAAGAGGGUGGUGGAAGUAGUACGGUGUAUGGGCAAUGGUUAGGGUGGAUGAUGGCGGCUAUUUACAUGGGUGGUCGGAUUCCUCAAAUUGUAUUGAAUAUAAAAAGAGGCAGUGUAGAGGGUUUGAAUCCUCUCAUGUUCCUCUUCGCUCUUGUUGCAAAUGCCACUUAUGUCGCAAGGAGCUCUACUAAAUCUCUUGCUAAGCGCUAG